AGCAAUACGAAGCGAUGCAUUCAUGAGACGAGGCGCAAGAUCUAUGACGAUCGAAGAACGCGCACUUCUUGCAUUUUUGUGACUGGUAGACCGUCCACAGAUCCAACGAUUUCAAUUAGCCAUGAACAGCGCGUAAGUGCAUUCCGAUGAGAUUCGGGACAGUUGAGUUGUCGCGCUUGAAAUCGGUAUGACGGAUUCCCGGUUAUUCGCCUAUUGUAUGCGCUUCGGCAACUCGUCGGUUCGCGCGAGUGGAAGGCCCCGAAUGGCGCUCAUGUAUAAUCGCCGGGAGUGCAAUGCUAACAAGUAGUCCAGCUGACUCUGACAAAAUGGUAGGGUACUCGCGUCCUGCGGGAGCUAAUACGUUUCUAUACACAUAAUUCGAACGCCUCCGGUGACGGAGUACAAUGAGUACUGAUAACCAUGACCAAACGGAGCCCUGCGUCAGCAAACCAUCCGCGAGAAUCGAGUUUAACGCCGACGAGAAAGCGUUCGACGGCAGGCGGAUCAAAAAGGAACGGAGCGAUGUUAGUGUCGAGAACGGUGAUGGCAGCGUCAAUGUCUGCGUCGGCGAUAAUAACAAGCAACCACAGCCAAGCCAGCGCCCGGCUGCCGGUAGGCUUUCGAACGGCUUCCACGACGGUGACCCACUUCAAGACAUCAUCGCGGCCAAGUUCACGGCCCUGGCGAAUCAUGACACGACUGCCAAACACGAAAAAAUUCGUUUUAUGCUUGAAGACAGUAUCGGUGAAGAAUCGAAAACACGCAUUCAGAAUAUCUUUUCACAAAUUGAACAACUCAAAAUAGAAGAAAAACUGUUACUGUACCUGAAACUUCCACUAUCACUGACCAAUACUGGGGGAACUAUAGAUCCACUGAGACAACCAUUAAAUCCAUUGGGUAAUCGUUAUGAAAUUCACCAAACAAUCAUGUGGAUUAAAACACAUUUGGAAGAAGACCCUGAUGUCUCUUUACCAAAGCAAGAAGUUUAUGAUGAAUAUAACAUGUACUGUAUGCGUAAUUUUAUGAAACCCUUAUCGACUGCUGACUUUGGAAAAGUAAUGAAGCAAGUGUACCCUCAAGUUCGACCUCGCAGACUUGGCACGAGAGGCAAUUCGCGUUAUUGUUAUGCUGGAAUGCGCAAACGAGUUAAAUUGGAUUCACCAACAUUGCCUAACAUAGCUGGAACUCAAACUGGUGAUGAGGUAGAUGAAAACAUUACAGAAGAAAUGCUGGGAGCUGCAUCUACAGUGAUUAGAGAAUGGGCAGAAAACUCGUUGAAUUUAAAAUUUCCAACUUUGAGUGCCUUAGCACGUCAUCUUGUUGAUAAUUUUUGUGUUGAUACACGAUCAUUGGCUGCUGUAUGCAUAUUAUGUCCUCCGGGAGACUCCAAUGCAUCUACAAAUAAAGAGUCCAGUACAGAUGUACAUGUAACUCCUUUGUCUACGAAAUCUGGAAAACUUCGGGAAGCACAAUUACAAUUACAACGAAAGUUACAGCAGCGGGAACAUAUAAGGGAUCAAAAACAUCAUCGUUUCGAUGCUGUUAUCCAGAAUCAGAACAAAGAGAAGACUGUUGAUAACAAAUCAGGCGCAAACAAAGGAAAUAAGAAAACAAAGUCCAUUCAGUCAUCGCAAGGUACAAAUAUAUCGAGUGGACAUAAUGCAUCAGCGAAGUUCAAUUUGUCUGCCGUGGUAACCGGCCGGCAGAAAAGGGUUCUUAAAACUAAUAGUCAGCCAUGUAACGUCUCCCUGGAAUCCAACUGUGAUAAUGUAGUGGUACAAUCGAUCGAAGACAUACAGAAUAAUAGCAACUCUAGUGUAGUGAUGACCAACUGCGUAAAUACACAGCGAGAUGUCAAGCCGAAAAAUUCCAGAAAGCGUGCCAAUCCAAUUAUAUUGAACCAACAAUCAGAUACCAGCCCAGAGAAACAAACGAAACUCACAGAACAGCAAACGCAAGAGAAUGUCGAACAUUCCAAUAUGUUGUUGCCUAAACUCACACCUGUACAACAUUCUGAGAAACUAUCGGUGACAUUAACUGGUAAUCUGAAAUCUAGCAAGUGUAAUGUCAGCGAGGCUGUUAGUAACCAGCCCGCUAAAAACUGUGAUAUUGAACUGUCAGUAUGUUCAAAGAGUUGUGUUAAAGUGAACGGUUGCCCUAGCAGUUUUGAACGUAGUUCGAACGCAGCCGAGGAAUCUACAAUCUUAACGAAAGAUCAGAUUCGAUUGUUGCAGGAAAAUACAAAUCUCAUAGGUAAAACCGAGAAGCUCCGUUCGAUGAAUUCCGAUACCUUGGUCGAUUAUUUGAACGGAGGUAACAAUUCCCAAGAGCAAGAGGAAGAAUUACUACAGUAUUUUCAACAAAGUAGCUCGUCAAGUUCAGACGUGGAAGCCAAUACUAUAGCUACCGAUGAACAAAUAUCAAGAUCUGAUAAAGUGUCGCAACUAAGACUAAUAUUACAGCAGAACUUGAAAUCUGGUACUCUGCACACGCCUUUAGAUAUAAUACCCUCUGCCAUUAUUCGGCAGAAUGUUGAAAAACGUGAGAUCACUCAGAAACAUAAUUUAAUACUACCAACGCUGCUGAAUCAUUCGAAUCAAAGCAAUACUAGACGUAGGGUCAGUUUCGAGACGAAUGUCGUGGAGCAUGUACAAGAUUCGAAUGUUAUCAUGAAUACGGUACCACAGAGUCCCAACACACGUCGUAGAAUAUUUAAUUUCACACCGAUAUCACCAGGUCCGCAUUCACCCAUCAACGGCCGUACUUCCAAAUCGAAUUCCGCGAAUGCUAGUCCAUUUGUGUCACCGCGAAACACACCUGUGCCACGCUCGAGAAGUAAUUUGCAAGCAGGCAGUUCCAGGGCUCGUGCUCACAAGUCAUUGUCGCGUUCUGUCUCUUGCAGCAUGCCUUAUAUUAGUAAGAACGAUACUUUUGUUGUUCCUACAAGUGGUCCAGAAUUAGUUAGGCAAACGUCUACACCGCAAGUACCAUUAAUUUCGACGAAAUCGUCGGAAGUGCAAGUCGGCAGCAGUACACCACAAAUUUCUGUUACUUCGAAAGUGGAAGCACAGAGACAGCAGUGUGCCGCAUUCUUGUCUUCUGAUCUAGCGCCGCAAAAGCAACUACUCAUCAACUAUCCGAGUCAAGAGAACUUGCAAGAGAUCAAGAAUGUAUAUCAAAAGAAUCAACCCGACCAGGAAAUCAGUGAAUUGUUCCACGGCAACAAGCAGUUUACUAAUGAACUCUAUCGGUCGCAAUCUGUUCCGUUGCACAGAAUGGUCAAUCCGGCGUUAAUGUCACCAAUCUCGACGCAACAUUGCAUGUCGACGUUUCAGAGUCAGAGCUUUAAUCCUUCUACGAGCAGCUCUAUAGCGCCUACACCAGUACCUAGUGAAUUUACCGACUUUGGGUCGAUCGGCCCAUCGGAAGGGACUUCGACAUAUUUGCUUGACGACGUAGAUCCAAAUUUCAUGUCGGAUGAUCAACAUUUUUUGAUGAGCGAUAAAGAGAUAACACCUGAAAACAUCACGAACAUAUUGAACAUUCUGGACGAGGAGGGUGCACAGAGCUUACAAAUUCUACCAGACCAAACUGCCGAAGAAAGCUUGAUAGAGAACAAUGCAAUUGUGCUGGACACUUUACCAAAUUCAAACUUGAACUUGUCAGAAGAAGAUGUGUUGGACCCGUCUAAUGUGCACGAUAUCCCUGUAGGCGGGGACUUACAGAAAAUAAUACAAUCACGCUCCUAUCCUAACACACCAUUGCCUGUGCCAGUAUCCACGUACACAUCAUCUUAUACAGAAGACAGCAACGGAUCAAGAUCAUAUCCUUCGACACCGUUGCAUACAGUCCAAUCGCAAGAAAUUUAUCAAGAGACCAAUGAACCGAUGCUUUCCAGUCCUACUUUAAAUUCUUUGAACUUACAUAAUGAAACAGUGAACGAAUCUGCCUCCGGCAGUUUGUGUAGGAACGUUGUGGAUCUGCUCGAAGCUAAUUUUCUUGGAGAAACAGACACAGAGACAAACGAUUUGGACCCGCUUGGUAAUUUCGAUGGGUUGCAGGACGAUGAUUCAUUAACUCCUUUAUUUAAUGAAGUGACAGAGCCUAAUCGUUGAAAGCACACACAGAAAUAUUACAUGGAUCUUGAGAAUUUACAUAGUGAUCUACCAAAGUACCAUAAAAAGUAUGACGAGAGCAGCUUAUGAUGGAAAAAAAAAUCAGAUACAAACGAAAAAAUGUUACAAAGUUUGACGAGUAAAUUAUAAAUAAUUUCGAAGCAGAUAAUAAGUGUACAAUUCAAUUUAAUCUAUAAAGAGCAGAAAACAAAGUGAGUAACUGCCAAUUUUAUUCACUUCAGAUUUGUGUCGCUAAGUUUUUUAAGUAAGUAAACAAAAAAAAAGAACACUGUGAUGUAAAUGUAAAUCUCUGAAAUAUAUUUCUUGAAUUUGCCAUUAGCAAAACUAAAAAAAAAAAUGUGUAAUGUCUCCAGUGGAGCUAUAAGCGUCUUUGGUGGAACAUUAAGUUUGCAAGUGUGAACAAAUGACGAGGAUGUUGCUCAAAAUGGAGCAGUCGUUGCUAUGAGAUGCAUUUGAGAUUCGAAUAAGUGGAAGUUGAUUUUAUAGAAAUACUUUAUAUUCAUCGUUUUGAAACGUUUGUUUCUAAGUCAUUUGAGAACGCGUUAUUGCGACUUUGUUAUUCUAAGAAAUACUUCGAUCACCUGCUGGCCAUGGGUGAGCUUUUUUUUACAUAACAAAUUCGGCAUUGAACCCAGUAUAUAAUACUCUUCUGAACAUCAGAAAGUCAAACUGCGAAUAUAUGUGUGCGUAAAUGUUUUAUUUUAUUUUAUAUCUCAACAAAUUGUAAAGCUUGUGUUUGUUUAACGAAACAUUUCAACAUUUAAAUCAGAAGUAUUCAAACUGCAAAAAUUUAGAUUUAUUUAUCAAAUUGUGAACAUUUUAUCGUAUUUUCUUCAAAAUUUUGACUCAGCUCUCGUACAGCUGUAGAUUUCUUUCCAUGUUGUUAAAUUUAGUAUCAUAGCAUCAACAUUGUUCGAAUACAGAACUUAUAUAAUUUAAUAUUUGAGAACUUCUGUUUUAUAUUAAACAAAAUAUACACUUAAAGUAUACUUCGAUUUUGUACUGGAUUCUACAUCGAUAAUAGUGCUAUAUAAUUGUUACUAUAGCGUGGUUUUUACUUUGCUCAUAGUACUUUGUUCAUCAAAGAAAUUCCAAAUUGUCGUACUAAUAUCGCCAAUUUAUAUCUAUUAUCUAUGGCGCUCUUAAUUGGGAAUUUCACCAAUUGGAUAGUUGUUUAAUUGAUUUUUACUUAUACACAUUAUAAUUAGCUAGCUCUCGAAGCUAGAAAAAGUAGAUACUUUAUAGGAAAUAUCUUCUUGUUUAAAAUUAUUUUUUUAGGUCGAAGUCUUAAUGAUGCGUUUCACAUUUGUAAAGUAUUACAUUUUUAUAAAAUAUAGAGUAGUAAACGUAAUUUACUUCCAAACGACCGCAAAACAAUGUAAAUUGUUACAUAGUAUGAUUUUUGUGAAAUCUUGUCUUUUUAUCUUUUUUUUUUUAAACAGUUACUAGUGACAUACAAAUGGCAUGAACCGAAUUCUUGUUCUCGUAUUGAUGACAUAUUAAUUAGAAGAUUCAACGAGCAAUUAUUAUGACAAUAAAAACGACUUGAUUUGACGUUUGUAUUUUUGCAAAAUUCAAUCCUUAUUUAUUUAUGCUUAACUAAUUACACUAGCAUUACAGGGGGAACUAAAAUGUUUCGAAAGCAUUUGGUUCAUGCUAUUCCUAUACAAUAUAAAACAUAAGGCAUUACAUUGCUAAUAACUCUUUUUUAUUGCCAUUUUACAUAUUGUAACUGAAUCAACAACUAUUUGUGAGAAUCCGAUGAAUUUCGAAUCCCGUGAGUCUAGAUAGUGCUAAGCAUGUAUAAUGCUUUCCAAUUUCAUAGCUUGUCCAUAAUUAACCUUUCAAUGGAUACUGUGAAUAGACAUACUAAUCCUAAUCUUCGGAGGACAUUUAUUAAAUUUAGCAAGAAAAUUUUCUUUUUUUAUAAUAAACAGCAAUAGCCCGGUAUAUGACGAAAUUAUAAGAUGAACUGAAGGACAGUUGCUUUUUAGGAAAGUUUUAAAUAUAAUGAAAAUGCCAAGAACAGUAUGCGUGUGCGUGCGUGACUAUUGUCAGUGAAACAAAUAUGUUGACUUUCUUAUAGUUAACAUCUUUCAUAGUUAACAACUGCCGAAAAUGCUUUUGGCUUCAAAAAUGUAGUUCAUCACUUGCAGGGCCGUCAAUAAUGGGUCCAAAGUGACCUUCACAACAGAUAGAGCUUAUAAGUUAAUCAUCAAAUCUGACUCAAUUUUUGUGAGAAUCAUUGUAUUUGUUGCACUGACAAUGCGUGCUUGCGUGUGUGCAUCAGGGUGUCCCAAGUAUCUCUGCGAAUACGUUGAGGUAUUCACGGAAAUGUUUACCGUAAGAAUACGAGGAAAACGAAGAUUCUUUCGGGAAAGUAAUAUCCAUUGAAUAUUUAUUAAAAAUGUUGCUCAAAGUUUGCAUAAAAUAUGGUUAGAUCCCUGUAAAAUUGUUACUUUUUCUCUACUUCUCAUUUCGCAAGUUGCCAAUACAGUAUUCCUUUGUUAGGACACGACCCUAAGUUUCUGGGGACAUGGUAUCUAUUAGCAGGCACUGUUCCGUGCGCUAACAAGGGAGCACUGUACUAUUACUAUUUACCUCUAAACAAAUCCUCUGAUUCGUCCUUGGUAAAUGUAUAGAGUGUGAUUAGCGUAAAGUAACGUAGAAGCAAUUAUCCUGGAAAGUUGAAGACAUUUGAUAAAAUUCUUACACGUUUAAGACGGCCAUUUCACACAGAAUAUUUUUAUGUAUCAAUUUUUUCCUUUCGUGUUAAAACGACUUCCUGUUAUACAUGUAUGCAUUUAUACGUCUGAUAUCACGUAUACAUUGUCUGCAAUAAGAUUCUGUCAAGGACAUUGGUGACGACGGCAGACUAAAAGUGAGUAAAAUAAGAAAAUCGGUAGUAUUAAGCGUUCGACGACUAGUUGCAAUCACAAUUGUAUGGAAAAUAAAAAUCUCAUCAUUUUCAUUUUAUCCAACGGGAGGCAAUUUCAAUAGACUAACAUUAAGAAUAUGCUAAUACCGAUCUCAUUUAAUUUUUCAUAAAAUCAGAAUACAUUUAUGCAAUUACUUUCUCUCAAAGCAAGUUUUCGUGGCAAGUUAAAACUCGUUCUGUUUAACGUAAUAAAAAUAAAGAAAGGGUAGCAUCGAUAUUUUA